GUUAUAGCAUUGCAUAGCAUGACAACAAAGGAACAUGGAAUUGACGACGCCAUGACAGGGUUUACGGAGUAGGCAUAGGAAUUUCAUGAAUUUCUAGGAACAAACGAGAUCAUAAAAGCAUCAAUCUUUGGGGGUAUCUCUCAUUUCGUAAAGGUAUGAUGUACAUCUACAACUGUCAGGGGCUUCUCUCGUGCGCUCUCGUACAGCUAACUCUUCAUCCGCCCGUGCUUGUUCCCCCCUUCCUAAGUACAGGUAUCAUGGAUUUGCUGUUCAACUUGGAAACAGGUUUUGACAAAGGAAAGAAAAGGUACAAGUUCUGUUGUCCGGGAUAUUUUGUGAUUGCAAAAAGAUUUCCUUUCCUUGUCUCCCUGAAAUGUCCUGUAUUCCUAGUUGCUGUUCUCGUCGGAUCAAAAUGUGUCUUGGGCACAGCCCAAAUGGUAAACGCUAGAAGGAUAUGUAGAAAGGAGACAAGGGCGCCAGCUCCUAGAACAGUAGAUUGAUUGAUACAGGGGGAACGUCUCCGAUCAACUAGCCAUCGUACAACUAACAAAGGAG